AAUGGAUAGGUAAAUCGAAAAUAGCUGGAAAUAAUUUACAGGAAAUAGAACUUAUUAGGCAGAAAAUGCGCUCUGGGUUAAGAGAUUUGGAAGUGGUGAGUGUAUUGAUAUUCCUAAUCCUAUGAUUUCUGGAUGUGGAGUCAUCUGGUAUCUUGAGAUCUAAGAUAAAGGGGUGAAUAAUAAAUCGGUAUUAGCAGCCAUGUAACUGAAAAAAAGUAGCUUAUGAACACAC